CGUUCUCUAGCCAACUCAUAACACGAUCUCGACCUCCAACCUCCGACUCAAAGCGCCCCCUCUUCCUUCCCUCGCCGACGCCAGCGGCGGCCAUCUAGCACCACCGUGGGGGGUCCGCCCCCCCUGAUCGCGGCCGCCGGCCAUGGUGCACAGCGCGUACGAUGCGGUCGAGCUGGUGCCCGGCGUUCCGGGCCGCAUCGAGGCCGUGGCCUCCCACGCCGGGAAGCUCCUCGUCGCGGCCUCCGACUCCGAAGGCUUCCUCCGGGGCUCCGAUUGCUCCCUGCGCAUCUACUCCGCGCCGGGCUCCUCCACCGAAGGAGGCGGCGAGAUCCGGCGGGACGGGCCGUACGCGCUCGAGCGGCACGAGCAGCGGUUCUGGCGGCGCCCGCCCUUGGCCAUGGAGGUCAGCGCCAGCCGCGACCUCCUGCUCUCGCUCUCCGAGUGGGUCGCGCUUCACCGCCUCCCUGGGCUCGAGACCGUCGCCGUCGUCUCUAACAAGACAAAGGGUGCCAACGUCUUUGCUUGGGACGACCGGCGGGGCCUCCUUGCGGUCGGUCGGCAGAAGCGCCUCACCGUCUUCCGCCUCGACAGUGGGCGAGAAUUUGUUGAAGUGAAGGAAUUUGGAGUACCAGAUAUUUUGAAAUCAAUGGCCUGGUGUGGUGACAACAUAUGUCUUGGAAUUAGAAGGGAAUAUAUGAUAAUAAACAGCAUGACCGGUGCACUAACAGAAGUGUUUUCUUCUGGGAGGAUCGCUCCUCCUUUAGUUGUACCUCUUCCUACUGGGGAGCUGCUCCUUGGCAAGGAUAACAUUGGGGUAUUCGUUGAUCAAAAUGGCAAACUUAUUCAAGAUGGCAGGAUAAUUUGGUCAGAUACGCCGGCUUCUGUCGUUAUACAUAGACCAUAUGCUGUGGCACGCCUGCCACGGCAUGUUGAGAUACGGUCUCUUAGAGCACCCAAUGCAUUGGUUCAGACACUUCUGCUCCGUGAUGUUCAAAAGCUUGUCCAGACUGACAACUGUAUACUUGCUGCGCUAUCUAACUCUGUUUAUGGUUUCUUGCCUGUUCCUAUUGGUGCUCAGAUAGUGCAAUUGACCGCUUCUGGAGAAUUUGAGGAGGCACUCGCGUUGUGUAAGCUACUUCCACCAGAGGAUUCAAAUUUACGAGCUGCAAAGGAAAGCUCAAUACACAUAAGAUAUGGACACUUUUUGUUUGAUAGUGGGAGCUAUGAGGAGGCAAUGGAACAGUUUUCGGAUUCACAUGUGGACAUUACUUAUGUGUUAUCGCUGUACCCAUCUAUUGUUCUGCCUCAAACACAUAUUAUAGGUGAACAUGACAAGCUGCUGGACAUGCCCGAAUUAGCAAGGGAAUCAUCUGAUGUGACAGAUGAGAUGGAAUCAUACUCUUUACAGCUCCAUGAAUCAGAUGAUAAAUCUCCAUUGGAGGUAAAGAAAAUGAGUCACAAUGCUCUAGUUGCCCUUGUCAAGUAUUUGCAGAAGAAAAGAAGUGGGAUAAUUGAGAGAGCAACGGCUGAAGUAACAGAGGAAGUGGUCUCUGGAGCUGUGCACCACAGCUUAAUAUUGUCUGAGCCAUAUAAACCAAAGAAGCCGAACAAGAAACGAGCUCAGACACAUACUAGCUCCAUUGCUAGAGAAAUGGCAACUGUACUGGAUACUUCUUUGCUUCAAGCCCUUCUUCUUACUGGGCAGUCAUCAGGGGCAAUAGAAUUGCUGAAAGGACUCAAUUAUUGCGACCUGAAGAUAUGCGAAGAGUUUUUGAAGGAGAGGAGCGAAUAUAUGGUGUUACUCGAACUCUAUAAAAGCAAUGAAAUGCACCGCGAAGCUCUCCAACUGCUCAAUCAGUUAGUUGAAGAAUCAAAAUCUGAGAUGGAGAAUACAGAUUUUAACAAAAAAUUUAACCCUCAAAUGAUCAUCGAAUAUCUCAGGCCCCUUUGCAGAUCAGAUCCAAUGCUGGUUUUAGAAUCUUCCUUGUACGUCCUUGAACGCAAUCCAUCUGAAACUAUUGAGCUCUUUUUGUCUGAAAAUGUUCCAGCAGAUUUGGUAAAUUCAUAUCUGAAGCAACAUGCUCCAAAUUUGCAGUCAACAUACUUAGAAUUAAUGCUCUCAAUGAGUGAAACUGGGAUCAAUCCUAACUUGCAAAAUGAGCUGGUGCAACUGUACCUUUCUGAAGUUCUUGACUGGUAUAAGCUUCUGAAGGAAGAGGAAAGCUGGACAGAGAAAACAUAUUCCCCAACACGGAAGAAGUUAAUAUCUACAUUAGAGAGUAAUUCAGGUUACAAUACAGACUUACUCCUAAAGCGCCUUCCCCAGGAUGCUCUUUUCGAGGAGCGUGCCAUAUUGUAUGGGAAAAUGAAUCAGCACCUCCGUGCACUCUCUCUGUAUGUUCACAAGCUCCAAAUGCCAGAGCGAGCAGUUGCAUAUUGUGACCGUGUUUACGAGGAAGGAGCGCAACAACCAUCCAAGUCAAAUAUCUAUUUUAAUCUUCUACAAAUUUAUCUGAAUCCAAGAAAAGCUGAAAAGGAAUUUGAACAGAAAAUUAUUCCAGUAACAUCACAAUACCCUGGAAUCCAAAAGUCUAGUUCUACUACUAAGUUCAGAGGGGGUCGCACAGGUAAAAAGGUCGUUGAGAUUGAAGGGGCUGAUGACAUACGCUUUAGCCCCAGUGGGACAGAUAGUGGCCGAAGUGAUGGUGAUGGAGAUGAUGCAAGUGAGGGAGGCCCUAUAAUGUUGAAUGAAGCACUGGAACUGUUAAGCCAACGGUGGGACAGAAUAAAUGGUGCUCAGGCUCUUAGGCUGUUACCAAGAGACACUAAACUCCAGGAUCUCGUAUCAUUUCUUGAGCCACUAUUGCGGAACUCUAGUGAACAUCUACGCAAUUAUUUGGUUAUCAAAAACUUGAUUUCCCGUGCAAAUUUGCAGGUAAAGGAGGAUCUGUACAAACGGCGUCAAGCUGUUGUCAAGAUUGAUGGAAAUAGCAUGUGUUCUCUUUGCCAUAAGCGCAUUGCAAAUAGUGCUUUUGCAAUUUAUCCAAAUGGACAGACAUUGGUGCAUUUUGUCUGCUUUAGAGAAUCACAGCAAAUUAAGGCUGUUAGAGGAGCAAACUCAGUGAAACGUCGCUAAUAUGGCCAUGAUGCAGGUCAGAGCGUCAAUCAUCAGGAAUUCAUGUUACGCACCUGGGCAAGAGCAACCUAACAAGCUUUGCAGAAUUUGAUUAUGCUUGGAGAAAGCUGUUCUGAAUGUGGCUGCCUACUCUCCAGCUAUGCCAAUAUGCUUUGCUUAAGAUACAGUGAUAACAUAACAUGAUGCCUUUGGUCAAAUCUGCUGUCCUCUCUGCCAAAUCAGAUUUCGUUGAUUCCCCCUUAGGGAAUUCCUAAUUCCCAAUGCCCUUUGUUGUUCUCCGCUGGAUUUUAGUGGACCGCUUCAGAAGUUUUUACUGGAGUGCUCUUCACUCUCUUCAGAGCCUGACUGCCUGAGUGUAUGUAUCGUGCGUGUGCCCGCUCGCUCUCCUAUGUUUUCAGCUGAGAGAGCUUUUCUUUUUGGUUUCUAUUUGUGUAAUGUACAUGAGUACAUGAUACUGUAAAGUUUCAGUCAGCAGAUGGCCGGGAUUAUAGAGUGUUUCAACGUGUGUUCGAAUGUUAUGUAAAUAGAGUCCGGCAUCUUAUCUUUUUGUUUGUACACUCACUCUCUUUUUUUGAAGGGUAUACUUUCUUUUUUCAA